AGUAAAAGCUCACCUCUCCGGGUCUUGUAACGCACGAUGGAUCCCCGUGAGGAGGAAGAGAAGCGGCCACCUGCUGACACGGUGCUGCCCACAGGAAGCCACCAUCCAGUGGAGCAGCCGGCCCGAGGUCAAGAGGUCGACGGAGGGGACGAGUGGGACACCGAUCUGGAAACGGACAAUGGCACCUGUCAGAAUCACAGCUUGCCCGCCGCAGAGCGGUACCUGGAGGCCUGUCGGCAGACGGGCUGCGUCCCCGUGUCCUCCUACCUCCGUCAGCUGGGUGAAGCCAACCUCAACCUGAACCACUACGGCAUAGGACACCUUGGAGCCAAAGCCCUGGCCAUAUCUCUGCAAAGUGACAAUGCCAUCACCAACCUGGAGCUUGAGGACAACGCGCUUCAGGCAGAGGGCACACGCUAUCUGACAGAGAUGCUUCAAACAAACAUAAGCAUCAAGAGUCUAAAUCUUUCCAACAACCAGCUGCACCUUGAAGGAGCACAGAUCAUCUCCAAAAUGCUAUUAGACAACUGCUACGUAACAAGCAUCAACCUCUCAGGAAAUCAUUUUGACGAUGCUGCUGCUGAAUACUUGGCCGAAGCGUUGAAGGUUGACUAUGUAGUCAAAGAGCUGGACCUCAGUCUCAACAAUAUCUUUGAUGCAGGAGGAGAACACCUGGGUCACAUGUUGGCCUCCAACAUAGGUAUAGAAGUCCUAAAUCUGAGCUGGAACCACCUCGGCACGCGUACUGCCGUGGCUUUGGGUGCUGCACUGAAGGUGAACUCGACCCUGCAAAAGCUCCAUGUGGCGUGGAGCCGUUUCGGCCCCGUCGAGGCGCAGCCACUGGCUCAAGCGCUGAAACAAAACAGCACGCUGGUGCUGCUGGACGUCAGCAGCAACCUCCUCGACGAUGGGGCGGCGGCGCUCCUCUGCGAGGGCCUCGCCGCCAACGACACCAUGCGGGUCCUCGGGCUGUCCCGCAACCCACUGACAAACGUGGGGGCGCUGGCGCUGCUCCGAACCGUGACGGAAAACCCCAGUUCAGCCGUGGAGGAGAUGGAUGUUUCUACAGUUUUUGUUUGCGAGACCUUUGUGGACCUUUUGGAAGAAGCCCGUCAGAGGCGUCCCAGUCUGGAUGUUCGGCACAGCGUCAUGAGCUCCGUCACCAGGAACAUAUCAGCCCUCCGGAUCUUUCAUAAAUUCCUCGAAGAGCAAAAUGAGAACAUCGUGGACUUCUUCCGAAGUUUAGAUGAGAAAGGAACCAAAAGGGUGCCCACCUGUGUUUUCAGGAAGGCUGUGAAGGAAGCCAACGUACCUCUGGACCAGCGGCAGCUGGAGUGGUUGAUACAGAAGUUUGAUAAGAAGUGCACAUCCAGCAUCGUCUACAGGUCAGUGUGUGAAGGGAUGCAUGCAGCAUCAUCUCACUUGUUCAUUAUUUACCAUGCAGAGUAUUUUUAA